GCACAAGUGACACGAAUAACGCAGAAUGAAGUGCCUCGUUGUCGCCGUCCUCAUCAUCGGAUCCACCCUAGCCGCUUCGGUCGAGCACAGGAACAAAUGCAAGGACGGCAAAGACGCCCUGGGCUGCCUCGCCUACAAGGCGUUGGAACUCGUCGAACAGGCCAUCACUAAAGACACAGUCGAGGUCAUGGAGGGCGUUAAGCUUGUCAAGAUCAAGGAGAGCAGGAAAGGUGGACAGAAGAGCCUGGCCGAAGGAGUCGAAGACCUGAUGGACACACACGAUUUGGAAAUAGACGUCGCUGGAAGGAAACUCACCGUCUCUCCGAGUGAAUCCGGAAAAAUCAGUUUGACUGUCGAUAGCGGGGAUAUCGUCGAAGGAAAAGGAAGAAAAAGCAAAUUGAGGAAGAUGCUCGUCCCCCUUGUCGUCUUCGUCCUGCUCAAGGCGAUGACCCUCAUCCCUCUUGCUUUGGGAGUCCUAGGUCUUAAGGCUUGGAACGCCUUACAGCUCAGCUUCUUCAGUUUCGUCACUUCCCUCGCCUUGGCCAUCUUCAACCUUUGCAAAAAAGUGGCUUCCGAUGGUACCGUCCCAGUAGCACACGCAUUCGCAGAACCCUACCACUACGCUGCAAGGAACCUCAUCGUCCCCGAGGUCGAUGAUGCCCAAGAGCUCGCGUACAGAGGGUACGAACAACAUUGAUAAUGACCUUCCCGAUGACAACAGUCGAUAACAGUCGAACAACCAAAGAAAUUAUUUAUUGACGCUUUUUUAAUCGAUUAAAAAAGUUAG